UCCGGUGCGCGGGGUGCGGUUCCGGGUCGUGGCGCGGCUCGGGACGAGAGGGCUGCUGCUUGUCCGGCCGGCGGCGGCGGCGAGCAGCGGGGGUAUGAGGGCGAGCCCGGAAAGCGGCAGCUGAGCCGGCCGGGAGGAGUGCCAGUCCCCGAGGAUUCCGAGAGUGCGGAGCUCGGAGCAGGGGCCGGGAGGCGCGAGGGAGCCGGGCCCGCCCCUCGGGAACGUGUCCCGGGGCCGACCCGGCCCGUAGUGUGGCAGCAGCUUCAGGUAGGUGAGCCCGUGAAACAAUAUGAAGAGGAGAAAAUAGCCUUUUAAGGAAAUUGGCCCACAGAAAGGAUGGCCUUCUUGGACAAUCCAACUAUCAUUCUAGCUCAUAUUCGACAGUCACAUGUGACCAGUGAUGACACAGGAAUGUGUGAGAUGGUUCUCAUUGAUCAUGAUGUUGACCUAGAGAAGAUUCAUCCUCCUUCAAUGCCUGGAGACAGUGGGUCAGAAAUUCAGGGAAGCAAUGGUGAGACUCAGGGCUAUGUAUAUGCCCAGUCAGUCGAUAUUACCUCAAGUUGGGACUUUGGUAUUAGAAGACGCUCAAAUACAGCUCAAAGAUUAGAACGACUCCGAAAAGAGAGACAAAACCAGAUCAAAUGCAAAAAUAUUCAGUGGAAAGAAAGAAAUUCUAAGCAAUCAGCCCAGGAGUUAAAGUCACUGUUUGAAAAAAAGUCCCUCAAAGAGAAACCUCCAAGUUCUGGAAAGCAGUCAAUAUUAUCUGUGCGCCUGGAGCAGUGCCCCCUGCAGCUAAAUAAUCCCUUUAACGAGUAUUCCAAAUUUGAUGGCAAGGGUCAUGUAGGCACAACAGCAACCAAGAAGAUUGACGUCUACCUCCCCCUGCACUCGAGCCAGGACAGACUGCUGCCAAUGACCGUGGUGACAAUGGCCAGUGCCAGGGUGCAGGACCUGAUCGGGCUCAUCUGUUGGCAGUACACAAGCGAAGGACGGGAGCCGAAGCUCAAUGACAAUGUCAGUGCCUACUGCCUGCAUAUCGCUGAGGAUGAUGGAGAGGUUGACACAGAUUUCCCCCCACUGGAUUCCAACGAGCCCAUUCAUAAGUUUGGCUUCAGUACCUUGGCCCUGGUUGAAAAGUAUUCAUCUCCUGGUCUGACAUCCAAAGAGUCGCUCUUUGUUCGAAUAAAUGCUGCUCAUGGAUUCUCCCUUAUUCAGGUGGACAACACAAAGGUCACCAUGAAAGAAAUCUUGCUAAAGGCAGUGAAGCGAAGAAAAGGAUCCCAGAAAAUUUCAGGCCCUCAGUACCGCCUGGAGAAGCAGAGCGAGCCCAAUGUCGCCGUGGACCUGGAGAGCACUUUGGAGAGCCAGAGCGCCUGGGAGUUCUGCCUGGUCCGAGAGAACAGUUCAAGGGCAGACGGGGUUUUUGAGGAGGAUUCGCAAAUUGACAUAGCUACAGUACAGGAUAUGCUUAGCAGCCACCAUUACAAGUCAUUCAAAGUCAGCAUGAUCCACAGACUACGAUUCACAACCGAUGUUCAGUUAGGUAUCUCUGGAGACAAAGUAGAGAUAGACCCUGUUACGAAUCAGAAAGCCAGCACUAAGUUUUGGAUUAAGCAGAAACCCAUCUCAAUCGAUUCUGACCUGCUCUGUGCCUGUGACCUUGCUGAAGAAAAAAGCCCCAGUCACGCAAUAUUUAAACUCACGUAUCUAAGCAAUCACGACUAUAAACACCUCUACUUUGAAUCGGACGCUGCUACCGUCAAUGAAAUUGUGCUCAAGGUUAACUACAUCCUGGAGUCACGAGCAAGCACUGCCCGGGCUGACUAUUUUGCUCAAAAACAGAGAAAACUGAACAGACGUACAAGCUUCAGCUUCCAGAAGGAGAAGAAAUCAGGGCAGCAGUGACACUGGCCUCCGGCCUCAAUCUGUUGCCAUCACUCAGAGCCUGCCUGCCAGGACCAGGUGGCCCUAGAGCCCACCGUGUGUCCUGCAGUCCUCGAGGGGAGGCCAGCCCCCGGCUCACGGGCACAGGGCUGGUGGGCUCUUGGGGAAGCGGGGGGCACCCCCUAGAACAGAGCUGGGGACAUUUCCACAGGACUGAAGCCUGAGUGGCACUGGCUUUGCUGAGCUGUGCCCGGGGGCCAGACGACACCCAGAGGAGCCACGUGCUGCCCAGCCAUCUUCACUGCCCGGCGGCCCUGCCUGAGGAUGUACAUAGCCGUGCCCAGACAUCUCCUUGCAACUUGAUCAAAUUUCUUGAAGAACAAAAAUGUACAUUUCUUUUUUUCCUUUUAAUAAACAGGUGUACUCUUUAUCAUGGUUGGUAUGAUGGACCAUUCUUUGGGGCAGAGGAUUGAUUAUGUUAUUCUCUUUAAAAUCUGUACCCAUAUUGAAUAGGCAGAUUGGAAAAGCUGUGGCUCGAUUUCUCAGAAGAAAUGUUUAGGGCUUAGUCAAUAGUUUUAACUAUGCCAUUUGUUUCAAUGAGCGCAUUGCUUUGAGGAUAGUAUCCUACUAAAGUUUAGGAAGGGGACCUAAUGAUGCGUGUCUGAGGCUGCGCCAUUUUCCCCUUCGGGAGCCUUCUCUCCUCAGCCCAUCCCAGCAUCUCUGACCUCGGAGAUGCAGGACUGCGCCUGGAUGAUGGGGCGACCGGGGGUCUCCAGGUCACACGGGGCUCCCGGCCGGAAGGGGUCUUUUCCAUUUCUCAAACAGCAAGUGUCUGUUUCAGCUAGCAGUGAGCCCUGCAUGUGAAUGUUCUCUGGAGUCGGACAUCUCAGCUCCCUCCCUCUUCUCCGCACAGUGCCCCCUCUGAGCAGGCCGGAAGCUGCUGCUCUUUACUGUAUCGGGAAGCACAGUGAGCAGAGAUGGGGGGCAGGGGGGACCUGCCACCACAGAGUUCCUUUCCUGCCGGGGAAGGCAAGCGUAUCGGGCGUCCACUGACACCACACCGCUGGCCACACCAGAUGCCUCUGUGGUCCUCACCAGCCUCUCCGUGUCCCUGCCAGGGUGACAUCCUCUCACACUGUCCCCGGCCAGGGUUGAGGACCAGAUGUUUCACCAAGGACCUGCAUUUCACACAGUUUUUAAAAUUGUCAUACAGAUGUGACGAAAACAGCAUCUCAGAGCCGAGGGUGUUUCUUUACACAGGGGUCAUUUUAAUGAAUUCCUCUUUCAUUCUGAUCUUGGUUCAGCCAACAGAAGCAUCCUUUUCUAAUGUCUUCCAUUCCUACCCCCCCCCCCAGAAACAAAAGAAAUAUUAUUUGUAGCUUGCUCUCUGUAUUUGAAUUUUUAGCAAUUUUAUAUUUAGAUAUCUUUGGAAAAUGUAAAUGACUAAUUUGGUCAUUAAAUCUUGUGACAUAUUCAAUAUUAAAAUGAUAUUAAAAUAAAAGUCAUAUAAAUAC